GAGGUGCCUGGGGUGGGAGGGUGCCAGCGGUAUAUUCUCCUCCUCGGGAUUAUUUCACACUCCAGACAGACCGAGAUCCCUCCCUGCCCUAGGAGUUCCGAGUCCUCCUCCUCGCUCCGAUCGGCACCGGCUCCCCGGGGAUUUAAACCUGGCCUCUCUCCCGUGCAAAGUGGGGAAGAAGCUGCACCAGGCAGCCUGGGAUCUUGCAAUAUUCCUCCGAUUUUUUUAACCUGGGGAGGAAGGGGAAAGUGGGGGAGGGGGCACCUUUUUCAGCAAGAGAAACAUUUCGAUCCCUCUAAAUAAAGAUCCAUUACAAGAACCAAAACAAACAAACAAACAGAAAAAGGGCAGGAGAGUGUGCUGGGGUGUGUGUGUGGAAUCUUGCAAUCAAUAAAUAAUUCCAGGGACCUGCCGCUGGGGUUUGCCUCCUGCUGGGGAAAAGAGGCGGGUUUGACGCUCUCCCGCAUGUCUGGAGGGGGGGGAGCUGUCUCAGACAGGUGAUGGGCGUUUCGGCGGCGCUCCGGAUUGACUCCUUGGGUUUCACUUUGGUCUGAUCUAAGCAAAUAUGCAGAAGUACCGGCUGGGCUAGUCCUAAAGCCAAGAGGAGCGCGCGAGAGCAGCAGCAGCAGCAGCAAGCAAGCAGCGAAGCUCCUCUAGUAAAGGGAACAUACAAAUCCCCUAAGUACCCCCCUCCCGGCCCUUCAACGUGGACGGAGAAGAGCCCCGAGCCGCACGCCUCACCAGUGUCUUUCCCUGAGGGAUGGUACAGAAUUCCCCAGCCACAGGGGCCGGGCUGGAGCUCCGACACAGCACCCUCGCUUUUCCUUCGCGCCCCGAGUGUAUUAGACCGCGAUGAGGACCUGGACUUGCAUUUUGCUGCUAGGUUUAUGCUGCCUUCUCUUCACCUUUGCCGAGGAAGCUGAAAUCCCCCAGGAGCUCAUCGAGAGACUGGCUCACAGCGAAAUCCACAGCAUUCGCGAUUUGCAGCGCCUCCUGGAGAUUGAUUCCGUAGGUUAUGACGAUGUUUCAGAAACAAACUUGAGAUCUCAUAGUGUUCAUUCGGCUAAACAUGUUCAAGAGAAUCACCUUGUACCCAUUCGCAGAAAAAGAAGCAUUGGUAAGAAACAGCAAGCUAUCUGCAAAACAAGAACUGUUAUAUAUGAGAUACCUCGGAGUCAGAUCGAUCCCACGUCUGCUAAUUUCCUGAUAUGGCCACCGUGUGUGGAGGUGAAACGUUGUACUGGCUGUUGCAACACCAGCAGUGUGAAAUGCCAGCCAUCACGGAUACAUCACAGAAGUGUCAAGGUGGCAAAAGUGGAAUAUGUUAGAAAAAAGCCAAAAUUAAAAGAAGUUCUGGUGAGGUUAGAAGAGCAUAUGGAAUGCACCUGUACAUCAUCAAAUUCUAAUUCAGAUUAUCGAGAAGAAGAAACUGGAAGGCCUAGGGAAACAGGUAAAAAACGGAAACGAAAAAGGUUAAAACCAACAUAAAAACUACUGGAACUAUUUGCUAAUCAGAUUAACAGGUAUUUAUUGGGAGUAAUAUGCUAGAAGCAAAGAUUUUGUAAAAUUCAACUUUAAAAGUCAGCAUGUAAACUCAAUCAAAACAGCAUUUAGAACUUCUUGUCCCAGAUGUAAGGUGAAAUAAGCUAGAAAAAAAAAGAACUUCUCUCUGGGACAUGGAUGUACAUGGUUUGUUACAUUCCUGAACCUACUAUGUAUGGUGCUUUAUUGACUAUAUACUUUAUUUGUUCUCCUAUGUGAAAAAAAACUGACUGAAAAGAACACUUAAUGAGAACAAAGAGACAAUGUACAUUUGUUUAAUGUGACAUCAAAGCAAGUAUUGUAGCACUCUGUGAAACAAUAGGAAGCUUCCCUGUCCAAAACCCCACAAGAAAACAACAAAGCAAACAAAGAAAAAAGAAAAUAAAAAGACAGAUGAAUGAAUGGAGGAUACCAAAAGUACAAAAAAAAAAAAAAAAAAAAAAAAAGGAGGAAGAAGAAAAA